AUCGCGAUCGAACGUUACUUUGCAAAAAUGAAGUCUUUCAUGGAAUACUCCAAUGAGUGCGAAUUUCCAAUUGAAAAUCUACCGUAUGGUGUUUUUUCUAACGAUGCAAACCGUAAAAAAAGAAUAGGCGUCGCAAUUGGAGAUCAAGUUUUAGAUCUAUCUGCAAUUUCGAAUCUAUUUGAAGGACCACUGCUAUCUGAUAAACAGCAUGUAUUUCAACAAGAAAAUCUCAAUGAUUUUAUGGCCCUUGGACGUCCCUCGUGGCUUGAAGCAAGACAUACUUUGCAAAAAUUAUUAUCUGUUGAAAAUGACGCACUGCAGAAUCCUGAUGUUCGGAGAAAAGUAUUUGUGCCUCAAGAAGAUGUAACAAUGCAUUUACCAGCUAAAAUAGGAGACUAUACCGAUUUUUAUUCUUCCUUUCACCACGCAACAAACGUCGGAAUUAUGUUUCGUGGAAAGGAGAAUGCAUUAUUGCCAAAUUGGAAACAUCUACCAGUUGGCUAUCAUGGCAGAUCAAGUUCCGUAGUUGUUUCUGGUACUCCGAUACGUAGACCUAAAGGACAAACUUUACCUGUCGAAGGAGCUGAUCCAGUUUUUGGACCAAGCAGAUUGAUGGACUUUGAAUUGGAAGUAGCAUUUUUCGUUGGUGGGUCACCCACUAAAUUGGGAGAAACAGUUUUAGCUUCCGAAGCUGGAAGCCAUAUUUUUGGAUUUGUACUCAUGAACGACUGGAGUGCUCGUGACAUUCAAAAGUGGGAGUACGUACCGUUGGGUCCGUUCGGCGCUAAAAAUUUGGGUACUUCGAUCAGUCCAUGGAUAGUCACGAUGGAAGCGUUGGAGCCUUUCAAGGUUCCUAAUAUGCCUCAAGACCCAAAACCUUUUCCAUACCUUCAACAUUCCAAUUUAUGUAAUUUUGAUAUAAAAUUGGAAGUUGACAUUAAAACGCCAACUGGAGUAGCUACAACAGUAACUCGUAGUAAUUACAAGUACAUGUAUUGGACUCCCCAACAACAACUGGCUCAUCAUACAGUUACAGGGUGUAAUAUUAAUCCUGGCGAUCUUAUGGCUUCCGGUACCAUAAGCGGAGAGUCCGCUGAUUCAUUUGGAUCGAUGCUUGAGUUAUGUUGGAAAGGAACUAAGCCAAUAGCUUUGAAGGAUGGUAGUUCAAGGAAAUUUUUGCAAGAUCAUGAUGAAGUUAUCAUAAGAGGCUAUUGUCAAGGUAAUGGAUAUAAAGUAGGUUUUGGCUCUUGCAAAGGAAAAUUACUACCAGCAAAUCAUUAAAAUCUACCAAGACUUGUAACAUUUUUUUGAACAAAUAAAAAUCCU